AUGGAGGAAGAUCCAAAUGCAUUCGGCAAAGAGUGGCAGGUCCAGUCUACCGAGCCUAUGCUGUUCCACAAUAUCAAUGGGGCUCAGCACCCUGAAACCUGUGAAAUGCCUGAUGAGGAUGAAAGGGCCGCCACCAAAAAGCGUCGUUUGGGAGCCUCUGCCGUUACCCGCGAGGAUGCUGAGAUUGCCUGUGCUCGUGUCGGGGAGGAGAGCUACGAACGGUGCAUCUUUGACGUUCUUGCCACAAACGACGUUGGCUUUGCCGGUGCAUACUAG